CUCUUUCUCCCCCUCUCUUUCUCCUGCUCCCUCACUCUACUGCUCUCUCUCACUAUCUCUGUUUCUUGCUUGUGUGCUUUUAGGAAUAUAUAACUGACGGACUGCCUGGAUGUCGGUACAGCAGCUGUUCAGUAGCUGGUAGAUUUGAGGAAGAUUCUAUGUGUAAAAACAUUAAGGAUAAGAGGUCCAUAUCUCCCACUUGGAUCCUUUGGAUCUUCAGCAAAGAUUGUCUCUGCAGUUGAGGGUGGUUCUGAUGGAGCCCUAUCAUAACAUGGAGCUGCAGAUGUUCUCUGACAGCACCAACAGCAUAGACACAGCCUCGGAGAAAGCCAUGUUGGAGGACAAUAUGUCAACGGAGCAGGAGGAGUUUCUGCCCCAUGGGUCUACUGGAAAGAAGAAGGCCCAGUUUACAGAUUUUGAAGGGAAGACGUCGUUUGGAAUGUCAGUCUUUAACCUCAGUAAUGCCAUCAUGGGAAGCGGGAUUCUGGGCCUGGCAUAUGCCAUGUCAAACACUGGCAUUAUUCUCUUCCUGGUCCUGCUCACAUCUAUUGCCAUUCUGUCAGCCUACUCUGUUCAUCUUCUUCUGAAAUGUGCCGGGGUUGUAGGAAUUCGAGCAUACGAGCAGCUAGGGAAACGGGCAUUUGGGCACCCAGGGAAAAUUCUGGCAGCUGUGAUCAUUACAAUGCACAACAUCGGAGCAAUGUCCAGCUACCUCUUCAUCGUGAAGUACGAACUGCCGCUGGUGAUCCAAGCCUUCCUGGGCCUUCAGUCCACUCACAGUGGAGAGUGGUUUCUGAAUGGGAAUAAUCUGAUCAUCAUCGUCAGCAUCAUCGUAAUCCUGCCUCUGGCCCUGAUGAGGCAGCUGGGGUACCUGGGCUACACCAGUGGCUUUUCUCUCACCUGCAUGGUGUUCUUCCUCAUAUCAGUAAUAUAUAAGAAAUUUAAUAUCCCCUGUCCUAUGGGAUCCAAUGGGAAUCACUCCGUCAACAGCAGCAUGGAGGGGGAUUGUGAGGCGAAACUCUUCACCAUCAACCAGCAGACGGCCUACACCGUCCCCAUCCUGGCCUUCGCCUUCGUGUGCCACCCUGAGAUCCUGCCAAUUUACACCGAGCUGCGAAAUGCUACCAAGAAGCGCAUGCAAGCCAUCGCCAACGUCUCCAUCUUAGGGAUGUUUGUGAUGUACCUUCUCACUGCUAUCUUCGGCUACCUCACCUUCUUCUCUGGCGCGGAGGCUGAGCUGUUGCACACGUACAGUAAGGUGGACCCUCUGGACCGGCUGGUGCUGUGUGUGCGUGUGGCAGUGCUGGUGGCUGUAACCCUCACUGUCCCUGUGGUCCUCUUUCCUAUACGGAGAGCUCUGCUCCAGCUGCUGUUUCCUGAGAAGCCCUUCCACUGGGCGAGACACAUCGGCAUUGCUCUCUCGCUCCUCUUCGUGGUCAACCUCCUCGUCAUCUUCGUGCCAAACAUCCGGGACAUCUUCGGCAUCAUCGGAGCCACGACUGCUCCUAGUUUGAUCUUUAUUUUGCCGGGGUUGUUCUACUUGCGUAUCGUCCCUACCGACCAGGAGCCUCAAAACUCCAGGCCAAAGAUUCAGGCCGCGUGCUUCAUGACUCUGGGGUUUGUGUUUAUGGUGAUGAGCAUGUCGUUCAUCGUGAUGGACUGGGUGCGUGGGGAGAGCAGGAGUGGGGGCGGGCACUAGGAUCCAAAACGGGCACAACAAACCCUCACCCCACCCCACCCCCUAUUGGUCUGCCGUAAGAUGCCCCUGUGAAAGGCUGAUCCCACCCCACCCUUCCCAAUCUAAAAUUGAUGUCACACUCUCACGUGGAGACCUGGUAGAGUUUUGGCAAGCACAGUGAUGUCACUCCCCAACCUCCUCCAGCAGGAGAAUCAUAGCUGUCUCCGUGCCUGCUUGGAUGUGCCUCAGAUGGGUGGGGCGAUCACCAUUGCGCUCCCACUGGCUGUGGUGCCCUCGGUCUUCUGGCGCUCAGCUAAUAAUGAUACAAAAAUGAGAGAAAACAUGCCUUUUAAUGUCACACAGGUGAGGAGCGACCUGCCAGCCCUCUUGUCCCUCGCCUUCCAGAAUGUUCCAACACAGCCGCGUGGGGCACCGCUGCCGAGCGGUUUGUUCCCCGAUCAGAUGUUAAAGUUGAACAGAAGCCAAAGUACAUCCUGAGCCAAAUUAAGCAGCUAUUUUAGAGUAGUACAUUCAGCGCUCUCUAACCAGGGCGUCAAAGAGGAAUAGAGGAAUCAAGUGCUGAAAAAAAAAAGAAAAAGUAUGCAUUUAUUUUUAAAAUGUUAUUUAUAUUUUAUCUUGCAGCUUUGCAAUGAUGUUGAAUAAGUGCCUUUCAAAUGUAUUUAUUGUUUUUGCGGUCAGCCCUCACCCUGCAGCCAAUGGGAAAGGGUGCAUGGGCUUUAGAGUCGGUCACACCACCUGGAUGAAGAUGUAUAAACGAUGCUGAAAUUAUGUAUAAAAAUGCUGAAAAUGAUAUCCAGAGUUUGUAUUUAGCCAUUUUACAGCUUCAGUCGGAUAUAAUAUUGUGCUGUUAUUGCAGUCAAUAUGAAUAGGAAUAUGAAUAUAAGUAUUGAUUUUCAAAACUGGUGUCUGGUGGUUUUUGGGAAGUAGUGGUUUCUCACCUCACCCUGUGGACUGUGUGAUGUGCCAGAAGGGCCCAAGGUACUUUCCUCCUGUCAGUGAAGCAUGGAAGGCAGCAGCUUUUAGAACAAGAAAACAAAUUGCGACAGAUAAGCAAACUAGCUAACUAACAUAGAUACAGAUAUCUAAAACAUUUUUUAAGAAAAACUGCCUACGAAGAGGUAUGUUCACAUCAUCUGUGGUUGGGUGAGCUGUCGAACUGCUAUUUGUCUUGGAGGCAGCAGUCAGGCGUUAUUGAGAGAGGAAAGUACCAUGGGUGCCAGAGGGCCUCUCAGCCUUGCUCAGCCCUCAGAUCACUGAGACAGUGCCCCCUGUGGGGGGGAGUACUGAACUCCUCACACCUCCAUCAUAAUAACCCAUUCCACCAGCAGGGGGCGUCGAGUUCUGCUGUUUUCUUGUCAGUCUGUCGGUCUCUCUGUCUAUGGUAUUUGGCUUGCUUGAGGUUGCUAAGUAUCUGAGCCAUUGUUGACAGAGAGCGUGUCUGUCUGCAGUGAUAAGAGCAAUGAGGUUUCAUGUCUAAAUGAAUCCACUGUUAUUCAGAAACGGGAAGCCCAGAGCUGAGGCAUAAUGAACAGGGUUGCGGUAGCUCAUUACUCAUUACCGAGUUCUGGAUUUCAUCACGUCAGGACAGAGGAACAUAAAGAUACAGUUGUUCUUCUCCUAUGUGUAUUUUCAUUUUCCAUUUAUCAAAUGUAUGUUUUGUGACAAUGGUUCAAUGCUGUUUGUAAUAAAGGAGAAAGAUCCUGUCAA